UAAGCUCUUUAGUGAAGGAUCAAAGCUUGCUUUCAUGUCAAUGAAUGUACUUAAUGUGAGAAGGGAGAAUUAGGGAAGAGCUGGAAAUCAGAAAAGGGAUGAAGGCAUAAGGAAUAAAGGGAGCAUGGGAAGGGUGGACGACAUGGAAAAACAAUUAACAUAUUCUCAAUUGCUUCAGGACAUUUAUAUGAACGCUUCCUUAAAAUUAUGAUUUUAAGUGUAUUAAAGAACACUUAUCGUCCAGUGAAAUUCUGGUUUAUAAAGAACUACUUGUCUCCUCUGUUUUAGGAUGUGAUUCCACAUAUGGCACAGGAAUAUGGCUUUGAGUAUGAACUAAUUACCUACAAAUGGCCUACAUGGUUGCAUAAGCAGAAAGAAAAGCUGCGAAUUAUCUGGGCAUAUAAGAUUUUGUUCCUUGAUGUUAUAUUCCCCCUUUCAUUGGAAAAGGUUAUAUUUGUUGAUGCGGAUCAAGUUGUUAGGGCAGAUAUGGGAGAACUCUAUGACAUGGAUAUAAAGGGAAGACCUCUUGCUUAUACUCCUUUCUGUGACAACAAUAAGGAUAUGGACGGAUACCGAUUUUGGAGACAAGGAUUCUGGAAAGAACAUUUACAAGGUAGAGCAUACCAUAUCAGUGCGUUGUAUGUGGUUGACUUGGUGAAGUUUCGUGAGACUGCAGCUGGAGAUAAUUUAAGAGUCUUUUAUGAAACUCUUAGCAAGGAUCCAAACAGUCUAGCCAAUCUAGAUCAGGAUCUUCCAAAUUAUGCUCAGCAUACGGUACCCAUCGUUUCAUUACCCCAAGAAUGGCUAUGGUGUGAAUCAUGGUGUGGUAAUGCCACAAAAUCUAGGGCUAAAACCAUUGAUCUUUGCAACAAUCCAAUGACAAAAGAACCAAAACUUCAGAGUGCUAGAAGAAUAAUUUCUGAGUGGACGAAUCUUGACUUUGAGGCAAGAAAUUUCACUGCCAAAAUAUUUGGUGAUGAACUGGACAACCCUGAGCCGGUAGCAUCAUCUGAGACUUCCUCAAAUGACAGUCCAUCAGAAGAUCUAGAAUCUAAGUCAGAGCUUUCAUACUGCCCCAAUGCAAGCAGUCUUAAAGAGGUAACACCUAUAGUGCAUGAAAAUGUUUUCGAUACUAAUAUUUUGCCUCAGAAUUGUUAUCAAAUUGGCUAUAAACUCCAAAAUAAAGAGCCAAUCCAGGGUCGGCUCCAGAAAGAAUAUGAAGGGGUAUAUUCAUCAGUCACUUCUAAUGUGUGCUUCGACGAAGGUCCGUUUGAGAGUGGAAAAUUUGACCUGUCCCAAUCGGUUUUCUUAGUUUGGGGCCACACCCAGAUACUUCCUCUCCAAAGUUCAUGUCUUUUCGUUACAUUCAAAUUAAUUACUGUGAGACACACGUUUCUUACAAAGUGA